AUCCAUUUCUGCACAUAACGAGGAGAUGAUAUUAUCCCGCACCUCCACCUCCACUCCUUAUUAUAUAUCACUCUCAUCCCCUGCUUCCACUCCCCGACAAUUAACCCAAACUACUCCUCCUUUCGUCGCCCAUUAUGUCUGAUCAAUCAAGACCACUUUCCCAACUGGUCCGUGACCCACCGCGAUCCUCCCACCCGACGGUCAAAUUCCUCACCGCUGCCAUGAGAGGUGCAACUUUCUUGCUUUUGUCAGCGUUGACUCUAACCGGGACAGUCAUAGCUCUGAUCGUGUCCACCCCAAUUCUGGUGCUUUGUAGUCCCGUUUUAGUCCCAGCAGGGAUAGUGGUGUUCCUGGUCACCACUGGGUUCUUUUUCUCAGGUGGGUGUGGGUUGAUGGCGAUAAUGGCAUUAACUUGGAUGUAUAAUUACUUGACAGGGAAGCACCCACCUGGCGCGGAUAAGCUAGAUUAUGCGAGAGGGCAGAUACCAAGAAAGGCCCACGAUAUGAAAGAGAGAGCUAAGGAAUAUGGGCAAUAUGUCCAGCAGAAGGCUCAGGAGGCUACUCAAACUCAAGCAUCUUGAUCGAUCAUCUUCAACCAUCUAUAUAACUAUAUGUGUGUGUUUUGUUAGUACAAUAGCACUGUUUUGGUUUGAUGUGGUUUUUGUUUCUGAGCCUGAAGAUGGUCUUCUGUUAAUAAAUCUAGACUUUGGAGCAAUAAAGUUGCAUUCUUGAUUCUUGAA